AUGUACAUUGGUGCUGGCCAGAGGUGUGAGAGUGGUACUGGCCAACCACUAGGCCAGAGUGUGGGGGUGGUACUGGCCGACCUCUGCUUGUACAUGCACAUUGGUGCUGGCCAGAGCUGUGGGGAUGGUACUGGCCGACCUCUGCUUGUCCAUGCACAUUGGUGCUGGCCAGAGCUGUGGGGAUGGUACUGGCCGACCUCUGCUUGUACAUGCACAUUGGUGCUGGCCAGAGCUGUGGGGAUGGUACUGGCCGACCUCUGCUUAUACAUGCACAUUGGUGCUGGCCAGAGGUGUGGGGAUGGUACUGGCCGACCACCCAAUCUUUCCAUGACUUGCACUUCUAAGAUACUCAAGUCCAGCAGGAUAUUUGACUUAUGCAAGUUGAUCAGUCAUCAUGGUCAAGAACCCAAGUAUCUAAAACAACUCAAGAAUGAUAAGGAAAGUGUGGGUUUCCUCAUGGUAUUGAUGAGAGAGCCGGCCGGUGCAUGUCCAGGCCAUGUACAGAAAGGCAGGCCGACACUUCAGGCAUUGAUAACAGAGCCGGCCGGAUCAGGACCAUGGACCAUGGUGUGUACAAGAAGGCAGGCCGACACAUCAGGCAUUGAUAACAGAGUCGGCCGGAUCAGGACCAAGAGUCGGCCGGAUCAGGAUCAUGUGGUGUACAAGCAGGCAGGCCGAUACUUCAGACAUUGA